AGAUAAUCAAAGAGACAAUAUCACUGAACCUCUGCUUCAUCGAAGCGCCAUCUCCGUCCAAGAUAUCUGGCCAGUGCUUUCAUCAGAGAGGUGAUCGAGCCGAGACCCGCGUCUCUCGGAGUGUGCCUACCCGUGAUGUGACGCCCUCCCUUCCCCCGCGCCCCCCCAAAGGAUGGACAGAAGGCCCAGGAACUUCCAGCUGGGCAGGCCUCCCCCGCGCAAUUUCCCCGGGCGCCACCCGCAUCGCCCAGGAGGCUUGGACGAGGGAGAGGAGCCAUUCCCGAGCCUGUCGGACUUCCACGACUACGAGCCGAACCUGGAAUUCGAUGACACAGAGGUGGUGCAGCAGGCCGCUGCCGCCGCUUCUCAAGACGAAGUGGGAGAAGAGGAGGUGUGCGGGGACUACGCGGAGACGCCGGUGUCGGACGGGACGAUCGAGGAGAACUUCGAGAAGGAGCUUGGGGCCUUCCAGAGCCUGGCCCUGGAGGGGGUCGGGGGGCUCCCCAAGGACACCAACGGCCUCAACGGGGCCGUGGGCCAGGGUGCUGCCAAGCGGAAGGGCUCGCAGGAGUCGGAGGACUUCGGCGACAUCGCCAAGUACGGGAUCGUGGAGGUGGUCGGGGACGACACGUACGGGCGGAAAGUGAUCGUCGUCUCCGCCUGCAAGCUUCCCUCUAACAAAGUCCUCGAUCACGAGCGAUUCCUCAGGUAUCUGCUGCACACAUUGGAUCAAUAUGUCGAGGAAGACUACAGUCUUGUGUACUUUCACCAUGGGCUGAACAGCAAGAAUAAGCCACCUCUCACAUGGCUUUGGCAUGCUUACAAAGCUUUUGAUCGACGAUACCGUAAGAACCUCAAAGCUCUCUAUCUAGUCCACCCCACCAACUUCAUCCGCAUCGUCUGGCAGGUCUUUCGGCCUGCAAUCAGUGUGAAGUUUGGAAGGAAGAUGAUGUAUGUGAAUUACCUCCAUGAACUGAAACAGCACCUUCACUUGGAGCAAGUCUGCAUUCCCAAGCCAGUUCAAGAACACGAUGACAGACUGAUGCAACGGUUGGGAUCGGCCAAACCGACGUCGUCUCAGACCAACGAUGUUGGGGUGAGCACAUCCACAUUCCACUGCCCAUUGGAGACGAAGCAGUUUGGAAUGUCGCUGCAGUUCAUCAAAGAGCAUUGUGGGAAGGGACAUCCCAUUCCUCCUGUGGUCAGAGCCACCGUUUCGUACCUCUCACACCCUGAUGCCCUAGAGACAGAAGGGAUAUUCAGGAGGUCAGCUGGAACUGCAAUGGUUAAAACCAUCCAGGAGAAGAUUGAUUUGGGAGAAGAAGUGGAAUUCCAAAGUCCUCAUGUUGCUGCUGUCAUUCUCAAGAAAUUCCUUCGAGAGCUUGAGGAACCUCUCAUGACCUUUGAAUUAUUUGAAACCAUUGUCCACUUUUGUGACCUCCCAAGAGAUGAUCGACCUUCCUUGGUCAAGAACUUGAUCCUGGAAAGACUUCCCAUGGAUAACUACACAGUACUGAAAUAUGUUGCCCAGUUCUUGUCAAAGGUGAUGGAUAGGAGUGACCUAAAUAAGAUGACAUCCCCAAACUUGGCUGUGGUAUUUGGCCCCAAUCUGUGCUGGUCGCGUGAUCAACAGAUGUCCUUGGCCAACAUUCAACCCAUCAACAUGUUCUUUGAUUACGUGUUUUCACACCAGGAAGAGAUCUUCCUUGUGUAGUCACUCGAAUCAUUCCAAGUGAAGAGCAGCAUUCAGCCAGCUCAUAUGUAGUCCAUGAAGACUGGACAGUAUCCACAAAAUUAUGUGAUGCUUGAAACUUGGGACUGAACAUUUGUUGUUGUCAUGUUGCUUUUGGUCUCCUGCUGCAUUUGUCUGGAGGCUUUCUCAUUUCAUCUUGCCUUGGAUCAUCCCCUCUUUCUUAGUGUACUCCUGUCAAGAUAGAAAAUCUGGCAAAGACAUCUUAACCAAAAUUCGAAGUUCCAGUGGUAGAUUCUGAUUUCACUUUGUGAUGAAAAUUUAAAAACUAAUUUUCUUCCAGAAAUUGUAGGAAAUAAAUUUAUUUCCCAGAGUCUUUUUAUCAGAGGUACAAGGCAAAUUUUCAUCAUCAUAAUGUGUUCUUGUCCUGCUAUCAUUUGCACCUUUGCGGUUACCUGGCUCGACGAACUUGUCCAAUUCUUCUAAUCUGUGUGGAGUUACUCAGACGUCAGGUUACUUACGUUAUUCACUGCCGGUUCAAGAGAAGCAAAUUAACAUUCACUCCAGAAUGGUGUCAUCGAAUGUAUAUUGUGUUGAUCCAGGAGUGAGGCUAAUGUCCUUCUUUCGAACAGACUCUGGGAACGAUUGUAUAAACGAGUGAAGUAAUUCAAUAAUCUAGCCCCUCAGGUAUGUUGCAAAUUUGCUACCUGCUGUUCAACCAAUGAGGAUUCGGACUGUUCUGCAAUUUCACUUACUGUAUUAAGAACCGAUCAUGGCUCCCGUUGAGUGGAAAAAAAAUUAUUGAGAAAGUGUCCCCCUUGAUUGAGGGUUGAGAACAUAAGACUGCCCCAUGAUUGUAUAUUUCCUUGAUUUCUUGCGUGAAAACCUUUUGUGCACCUCCACAUAUGAGAAUUCUUGCACUUCUAUUUAUGUGGAUGUGAGUGAGACAUGUGCACAGUUGCUGAAUGGACUGACCAACUCACACAAAACAAAGAGAUACCAGUGGUUUCUUCCUUGUAUAGAGAGAAACCCUAAAAAAAAAAAGACUGGCAAGUUUAUUGAGCAGUGAUCUUAUGAUGAGUGAGGAGAGUUGAAGCAUUGGUGUGGCAGAAAGCUCAAUUUCCAUUCCAAUGCCACGCCAGCAACUCGUCUAGUCAACGUCAUCAGUGCAGACACCACAAUUUCUUCGGCACCAGAUUCGAUUGCAAAAGCAGGAUUGCAAAACCUGAUUAUAUUAUUGGCAUAAGCUGUGAUCUGUUCGUAGAGGCUCGGUUCAGAGUUGAAAAGUCCAUGAGAAGCGGUACCCUGAGCUUACCCUAGAAAAAAAAUUCCAUUUUAUUUAGAAUGCCUGAGAUCUGAGAAAUUUCACAAAGUUCCCCCUUCCAACCACAAAGAUAGCCCAUUCCCUGUAUUUUUUUUAUGUGAACUUGGCCAUUGUGAUGAGUGAUUGUGAAUUUUCUUCUUUCUUGGGAGUGUCCUUCGCCUCAGAGAGAGGGUUUAUUAGUAACCUCAGCUUAUUAACUGUGCUGUGAAUCACACAGAAGUUAUGAAAUGAAGGAG